AUGGCGUCCACCAGAAUUUGUGCCUGUAUGCUUGUUGUCCAACCUCAAAACUAUUUGCAUACGGGGAUUCCACGGGAAGCUAAACGAGAUGGAGGUGUCAAAGUAUUUGCUAAAGCAUGGCGAGGUACAAUUUGUUAUACCAAUGAUUUGGGUGUAGCAGAAGAGAUGAUGUCACGGCAGGAACUUUCGAAGUUCCCAAGGGGUUCAAAGACUUGCCAAGUUGAACUUUUGGAACUCAAGUCCUAG